GUCCGCAGUUGAAUCACAACUUAGUCAGUGAACAAAAUUGAAGCAAAGAAAACAAAAUCAAAAAUAUUAAAAAUGCAACAAUUUCUCUGUGUGACUAUCGUUCUGCUAUUCGCAGUUCUCAGCAAUGUACAAUCGGAUAUGUCAAAAGAAACGGAAAAAAUUUUGGCUGACAUUGGCAUUUGUAAGAAUGAAACUGGAGCAUCAGAUGCGGAUAUAGAAGAGUUACAUAAUCGUGGUAUUCCUACAACUAAAGUGGGCAAAUGCUUUAACAAGUGUAUGUUCAAUAGGCUUGAAAUUUUGAAGGACGGUAAACUUUCACCAGAAGGUCUAAUCAAAGUUAUAGAAAUGGACAAAUCAGAUUUGAGAGCAAAAGAUGGAAAAACGCUUUUGGACUCCAUGAAGGAUAUCAUUGGUGAAUGCAAUAAAGUCACCGAUACAGAUGAAUGUGAGCUUACAGCUAAACUACGGACUUGUCUGAAUGUAGCCGCUAAGAAACGAGAAAUCUGCCCAAAUGUGUUUUAAAAUUUUGUAAAUUUGGAAUUUAUGGACAUAUUUGUCAUAUGAACUGCUUGUUUUAACAUAAUAAAUAUUGAAUACGU